UGUUACUCACGAGAGCAACUCUUACUCGCGAAGCCAUGUCUGUUUAUCCGCGCUUCCAAAACACGCUGAGCCACCCACUUGACAUUGUGGAGAGGCUGUUCGACGACACUUUCAUUCCCGGGAUGCUAGACGGAAACUUGUUUUCUCCCCCGGUCUACCAUCGUCGGUGCUUCACGACUCCGCGGAAGGCCGACACCACCAAUCUCGGCAGGCCGUUGUCGAACGAAGUCUCCUGUACAUCGGACAAGUUCGUCCUCAACCUCGAUGUGAGGAAUUACGCACCGGAAGACAUCUCGGUGAAGAGGACGGAAAACGUACUCGAAAUUCAUGCCAAGCACGAAGAGAAGUCCGAUGAACACGGCUACGUUCUUCGAGAGUUCACGCGGCGAUAUACUCUUCCGGAAGAUGUGGACCCUGAGACGGUGACGUGCAACAUGUCUGCCAGGGGAAUUCUCACACUUCAAGCGCCUAGGAAGAAAGCCGUCAAAGAAGAGAAGAGUGUUCCCAUUGCUGUGGAACACGUGAAGAAAGACGCCGUCUCAAAGAACGAGAGAACCCAGAAACCCGUCUCUACAACGCAUACGUCACCAACUUCGUCUGCGCAGCGGCCAGGGCGGGUGCUACCUUCUCUACUUUGA